AGACAGGGCGGCCCGUUCCCGUUACCAAGCACCGAGCACUGCUGCACCGCGCUGGGUCUGCUGACAACGACGACAGCUACGGGCAUUGACAGAAGGAAUACUGCUGCCAGCGUGAUAACAACACACACACACACACACACUCCGGAAUACUGUAGGGUAUGGCAGUGAAUGUGUACGCCACAUCUGUGUCCAUUGACAACCUCAGCAGACAUGACAUGCUGGCAUGGGUCAACGACUCUUUGCACCUCACCUACACUAAGAUCGAACAGCUAUGUUCAGGAGCGGCUUAUUGCCAGUUCAUGGACAUGUUGUUUCCAGGUUGCAUCCUUCUGAAGAAGGUCAAAUUUCAAGCCAAGCUGGAGCAUGAAUCUAUACACAACUUCAAAGUUCUUCAGGCAGCUUUUAAAAGGAUGAGUGUUGACAAAAUAAUCCCUGUAGAAAAGCUCGUAAAAGGGAAGUUCCAGGACAACUUUGAAUUCGUGCAGUGGUUCAAGAAGUUCUUCGACGCCAACUAUGACGGGAAGGAGUACGACCCUUUAAUCUCCAGACAGGGGCAGGACGUGGCCCCCGCCCCCAACCCAGGUGAUCACUUUAUCCACAAACCAAAGAGAAACCCAGGACCACAGAGGACAUCUCCAACAGUUCCCAAAAUCAUACCAGCACCACAGCGGGUCCAACAUAACACUCCAGCGAUGAGGAAGAACCCAUCUUUGUCUAGAAACGGGGGCGGUGAUGCUGAGAUCAUGGAGCUCAAUCAACAGUUGAUGGAGCUGAAGUUGACUGUGGACGGACUUGAGAAGGAGAGAGACUUCUACUUCAGCAAACUACGGGACAUUGAGCUGAUCUGCCAGGAACACGAGAGUGAAAACAACUCUGUCCUCAGCAGUAUAAUCAACAUUCUCUACGCCACAGAGGAUGGCUUUGCACCUCCGGAGGACGAAGAGCUUGAGGAACAAGCUCACCUGGACCAGGAUGAAUACUGAGCCCUUCAUUCCCCUCUGCCCCUAACAUCUCCAUCUUCCCUUUCCUUUUCUUUCUGCCCUCAUUUAUUUUCUACUCUCUCUGCACGCUCUCUAUAAAUACUCACCAUUAUCCCUGCUCUCUCUCUCUCUCUCUCUCUCUCUCUGUCUUUUCUUUUCUUUCUCAUAUGUAUAUCUGUUCUUAACCUCCCCCCAUCCACCCUCUGGCCGUCUACACACUAUACACAACUACUCUGCAUCAUCAUCAUCGUCAUCUGCUGCUCCUCCUCCUCCCUGCCUCCACUUACACAGUAACAAUAACAGUAAUGUACAACAUAUCCCAGUUAUUUCAGCAUGAGUAACGCAGAAAACGAGCCAAGCCUGGCAUGGAGGUUGUUAUAGUCAAAAAACAGUGAAUUUUAAGUCUGUAAAUAUUGCCGACGUUGUGAUUUCUGAGAGAACAAGGUCUUUGCUCUUUAUGGAGUUAUUUAUUUGCCUUUGGUGCGCUGUGAUACUUCUAUUAGAGCACGGAACAACGCUGCUCCGAUGUGCCAUCGAGACACUCCCAGAGCUACUAAAACUGUAACAAAAGUGACUUUUUAAUAACAAUUUCUUAUUUAUUUAACUUAUAUUUAAUUUAGAUUUAACUUUCUGUAGCAAAAAUUGGUGCAAAACCUACUGUACAUGAAUUGAAAGCUGAGGCCAUGUGUGUUAUUUCAGUUGUGCUUGAGUCAGCAUCAAGCUUUUAGUCUCCGUUAUGGUGGUUCAUGGCAUGUAGUAAACGCUGAAGGAAAUUCUUUGGUGUAAUAAUGACUCAAGGCGUAUGAUCAGUGCUCUGCGAUUAUUCAUUAGUGAUCAGCAACAUAUCUGAGCAUGAGAAUGUUACACAUUGACUGUGAAUGAGUGAUAUUUUGUAUAUGUAUUUUGUGUGGAGAUUUUGUCCGAUGUCGCACGAUCCUGGUUAAUUGCCGUCGUAUCUUAUAGGCCGACAUAAGCCUAUGAGUUUGAAAUUUAGAGGUGGAAAGCCGCCUGCAGACUGACAACAUGGUUAUAGAUUGUAGCAGUUCUAAGGUUUUAUUCUAAAAUAUAAAGGAGCCUGACACUGAAUUAAUACAGAUACAUAUACACAUGACAGGUUUUGUCAUGUUUUUCCUGCUAAUCAUUUACACUUUUAAUUUGCUGUUAAGGGUCGCCCAGGGUAAAUGAGUUGUAGUUUGGGAAAAAAAAGUCAGUAUUAAGAAACCUGUGACCAGUUGACUGGUCAUCAUAAGCAUCCAGUUCAACCAAGGAAGUCUCCUUAUCCUUCCCCAGCUUUUUUUACUUGCAAACUGGCUGUCGUCUGCUCUGCAUUCAUCGACCAUGUAAACAUCUACAGAACACUCAUCUUUUGAGUUUUGAAUAAAUAAACAGUUGUGAAAUAA